AUGACCGAAUCCAGUGUACAGAACCACGAUCGUCCCAUGGGUCAAGAGAUCGGGCUCGCAUCAAGACCAGCCUCAACUUUUGAUCAUGAAGGGGGUUCAGCCUCAUCCCAAGUAGGGCUUCAGCCGGUUGACGGAGGCAGAGACGCGUGGAUGGUUCUGAUGGCUGGCUUCAUCUUUGAGGCGUUGUUCUGGGGAUUCCCCAUGGCCUUUGGUGUCUUCCAGAACUACUACUCCCACCUCCCCGAGUUCGAGUCCGAUAGCGCAAAGAUACCUCUCGUCGGAACAUUAGCUCAAGGGCUGUACUAUCUCGGGGCUCCCUUUUCCGCGCUGUUGACCAAACGAUUUCCCAAAUACCAGAAACACCAGAUCUGGCUGGGAUGGCCUUUGUGUAUUGUGGGACUGUUGACAGCGUCGUUUGCCACAACAGUCAAUGGCCUGAUUGCAACUCAGGGAGUAGUCUACGGACUUGGCUUCGUCCUUCUCACUUAUCCGAUCAUAAGCAUGCUCAACGAGUGGUGGGUCGCGCGGAAGGGGAUGGCAUUUGGCUUGAUAUCAGCGUCGUCCGGUGCUACUGGUGCCGUCUUGCCAUUCGCCAUGGAAGCCAUGUUGGCAAAGUAUGGGCAUCAGACCACCCUGCGCGCUAGUGCUGUGGCGAUGAUCGUCUUGACGGCACCCCUGCUCCCGUUGUUCAAGGCGCGCCUACCAGCUUCCGAGCACGUCGCACUUGGGAGGACCGACUGGACAUUUCUCAGACAUCCACUCUUCUGGGUAUUCGGUAUGUCCAUCAUAAUACAGGGGAUGGGCUUCUUCUUCCCCGGUGUGUUUCUCCCGUCCUAUGCAUCCGCGGUCGAUAUCUCUUCCACCAAUGGUGCAUUGCUAUUGGCCUUGAUGUCAAUCGCACAAGUCCUCGGGCAAUUUGCUUUUGGGUAUCUAUCCGACAAGAAUAUCCCUGUAAGCGUCCUAAGCGUCGCAUGUUGCAUUGCUGCUGCGGCCGCUUCGUCAGCUCUCUGGGGUCUGGGCAAGUCCAUGCCAUUGCUUUCUACCUUUGCUAUCAUUUACGGCUUCUUCGGCUUCGGUUUUGGAACACUACGAGUGGCGAUGGGUCGUACUGUGAGCCGCGAUCCGUCGGCGGUCUUUGCCACUUAUGCGAUUUUUGUGUUUCUGCAAGGUGUGGGCAACAUUCUAGUAGGGCCCAUCAGUGCUGCCUUGAUCUCGGGUCCUUCUAGGCCAGAGAUGUACGGCGUUGGAAGAUAUAGUGCGAUCAUUAUCUUGACAGCAGUAUCGUCGGCACUAGCUGCGCUCGUUAUCAUGAUUUGCCAGAGCUACCGGGGAUUAAGAAAACUCUAG